CGGGAAAGUUUAUGGAUGACACUUGAUGUAACCACACGUGCCACUUAUUCACUAUGGCAAAAUCUGAAUCACGGAUGCGAGAGCUUCCCCAGUCCACAGUCAGGCUUCUGGGAAGUUCUCAAGUGAUAACGUCAGUUUAUAGCGUCGUGAAAGAAUUGCUUGAAAACUCGAUUGAUGCCGGAUCAACAUCUGUGGAUGUCAAAUUGGAGAAUUUUGGUCUGGAUAAAAUCGAAGUAAGAGACAAUGGUGAUGGAAUACCAAAGGCAGACAUCCCUUUUGUUGCUAGGCGUUACCAUACAUCUAAACUUUCCGCAUUCUCUGAUCUUGAACAACUGAAUACCUAUGGAUUCCGAGGAGAGGCAUUGGGUUCAUUGUGUACAGUUGCUGAUCUUUCUUUGACAACGAGAACAAAAGAUGAUGACAUCAGUUUGACAUACACCUUUGGCAAGGAAGGGGAGAUAACAGACACCAAGCCGUCACAUCUCAGUCAAGGUACCACAUUAUUGGCAGCUCAUCUGUUUAAGAAUCUUCCUGUAAGACGACAGUUUUAUAACAAUGUAAAGAAAAAUAAAGAGGAGCUAAAGAAAGUGGAAAUGAUCGUGAUGGCUUUUGGACUGAUCUUUCCGAAAAUCAGGAUCACUCUUCGUCAUAACAAAGACCUUAUAUGGCAGAAAAAUCCUGUUCAAGAUCUCCGUGCCUCUGUCACUGGAACUCUUGGCAAAAAUUUCCUCAACCAAAUGGAAUAUAAGAAUUUUAAGGAAUUAGAUCCAGAGAUAGCUGUAGAAAUGUAUGUUCCUAGCCGUGACAGUGAUCCUCAGGUGACCAGUCGAUCCACUGCUGACCGUUGCUUUAUUUACGUCAACUCACGACCAGUCAUUCUCAAAGACAUUGAAAAGCUGUUGAAGCAAUACUACACCUCCUCACAUUCAUGUGAAGGAACACGAGUGCCGAUCUGCUGUGUGUCAAUUGUGCUGCCAUCUAGUGAGAUUGAUGUGAACCUUGACCCCAACAAAACACGAGUAAUGCUUCAUCAUCAGGUCUCUGUUGCAAAUGUCAUUAGAAAUCUGCUUGAAGAAGUCUAUGGGCCAGUAGAACAUUCCAGUGAGGGUAUCAGGCAGAAAUCGAAGAUGGAUUCGUCCAUGAACCCUGAUCAGUCCUCAGAGUGGAGUAUGGACUUAACCAAAGACGAUGAACGGGAUGACAGAUCUACAAAAAUAACUGCUGUAGAAAAUGCCGAAAAAUGUAAUGGACAGAACAUGCCUAUUUUUAAGGUUACCAUGGAAACAGUUGAUAAUAGCCAAUCAGAAAAUGUUUUAGGAUCAGAUCAGGUUAUUACUGAAGGUAUUGAGUUUUGUCAUAGAAAGGAAUCACUUUUGGAAGACAGUGAUGAAUAUUCAAAUAGAAUUAUGAGAGGAGAUGAUAAUUCAGAACUUGAAGUACCAAUCGUACCUACUAAUAUUAUAACGCCACCUAUCGAGAGUACUAAUAGACAAGGGAAAGUAACUGUUGAUAAUGAAGAAAUUGUUCAGAUACAGAAAGGUUGUUUUGAUAUUGUGGGAGACUGUUUCAAAGAUGUGUUAUCUGACGAUGAGAGUCUAUGCACAUUGAAAGGAGGCAUUACCGAUUCGCAAACCAAGGGAGAUAAUUCAUAUAUGAAAGGAGAUAAACCUGAUUCUCAACCAGAAACAGUCUUACAAGAGACAAACUCAGAUUUGUUUGACGAUAGUCUGACAGACAUGUUGAUAAAUCUGGACAAGGAAAGUGAAAAGGAAAUGUCCAUGGUCAAUUCAACCCUGAAACAAUCAGAGAACAACAGCAGAUCAGGAGGCGACACCUAUAGCUUUCCUGUAAUGUUGCUGUCAGCAGGGAGCUCCAAACGACCUUUAACCUCACCCCCUGACCUUUCCACUCCAAGCAAGAAGAGACAUAUUAUGUCUGAGGAAAACCAGCCAACACUUUAUGACAUGGUAUCAGGUCAACCAGUGCAGAGAGGUCAAGGAAAGAUCGGAUACAGUUCAUUUGUCACGGAAAACAGAUCUCAAGUUAUAGCUAAAAACCCUACAGCUAGAUUUGAUGAAGUGAUUGACUUGUUAAAACAGCAGUGGGAGAAUCUAUCACAGGAAGAUCAACAGAAAUAUGACAAUAACUGCCUUGAAAAACCUGAAUAUGAUUCACCAAGGGAAAAUAUCUCGUCAAAGAAAGCAGGAAAGCAUCUUGGAAAUAAAAUGAAGCUCAAAAGUAAACCAAUACCAGCAGGUGUCAGUAUAAAAGAUCAGCUGAUGUUAGCAGCAAAGAGGAGUAAAUCAAGACGAGAGACUGGCAUUUCAUUUUCCAUGAUCAAAUUACAAAACACUUAUUUGAGACAGUUAAACACAAGCCAGUAUCCAAAGACAUCAACGUUGAACCUGAUUGGCCAUUUGAAGUCAUGUGGUACAUGGACAUGCUGUCUUGGCGAGAAAAUCUGCAUUUUCAAUUGCCACCGUGUGCAGGAGACAGUUUUGUAUCAUCAACUGAUGUCUGACCAUGUGUUGUCAGUUACACCUCUGGAACAGCCAAUCAAACUCAAUGCUCAAAACAUUGGUGGGAAGGAUCAGUGGGACUGUCUCAUGUCUCUUGAUUCCAACCGUUUCCCUGGUGAUAUAUAUAGCUUUAUCACUGACGAGAGGAUAGUGGACAAUGGCUUCAAAGUCAGAUGUUACACAGAUAAUGAGACAGGCACCUCACAAGCGGAUGUUGUUGCCAUGACAGCCUUCAUUCCAGUGUAUGGUAUUCCUGAUCUAGCUGAAGUCCUUGAGCUAAUCUCCACCACUGAAGCAGAGACAGUGUCUCGGUGUCGACCUCUUAAAGUCCUCAAUUACCUACAGGGAGAGGCUGUAAGGAUGGCUAGGAAGUUACCUCCCUUGCUGGACAGAGAGGAGGUGUUGGAGUUACAAGACCAGAUGUCCACCAUUCUCCCUGAUGGAUGUCAUGUUUGUCUGCAUGACCGACCAUUCUGUCACCCUAUAUAUGACAUGGAUGACCUCCCACAGACUCAGUCAGGUGCAACACAGGAAGUUUUGUCUUGAUAAAAAUCCAUCGAGUGUAGGUCAUCAUGUUGUCUCGUCUCAAAAAGGCAAUUUAUCUGAUUUAACAAACUCCAGAAUUUGUGUCAGUACUUUAAAGAUAAAUUUUGUCACAUUUUAGACAGACAAGCGUGAUGCAAGACAUUCUCUCGGAGAAGGAACUGAAGUACGGAUGAAAUGUUGGAUGCAGUAAUGUGAUACAACCUGCGUGUAACAGGAGAUUAAGUAGUUCCUUUAAGUCUUUAUUCACUGUACAUCUAUUUCUCUAAUUACAAUGACUCACACCACCGUGGACCCCAAAUACAUAAAAGUCUUGUCCAAUUUAUCAUUCUUUUGUACAACAUGGAUUCUUUUUAAUGUUGACAAAAUAAUACAUAGACAGCAAUGACAGUUAUGAAUGACCUGACAUAUUGAUGAAUUUGAAAAUAAAUUUCAUGUCAAAAACCGAUUA